ACACCACCAGGCCUUUUUUAUAUUGACGUGCGUCCGAGUGUGCCACCACUUCGCGGCAACCUACUCGGUGUUAAACGCUUCAGUACGUUUUUAAUAUUUUUAUCUUUGUUGUCCGACUUUUUCGCCGGUUGUUCCAUCGCCGCACGCCACAUUCUCUGUCGCUUGUCGUUACCUUUGUACGCGCAAUGCGACGUUUCGUCUCCAUCAAUCAGUCGGUCAUAUUGUUCAGUAACGAUUAAUUGUCGUAAAUGAGUAACGAUUGCCAUAACUGCUGUAUUGCUGUCAUCGAGACAGCAUCGCUUUCCACUCCGAUACCGCUGGCCAUCAUCGUCGUCGGGCCGCUCGAUUGUAAAAGGCGGGUAUCGUUCGGCUGUCCGUCAUGCACAAGAGUCUAACGCGUCUAUAUAUACGAGCGUGCGACACCCGUGAACUCGUCACACGACGGGGUGCCGGAGAACGUAUACGUUGGUGAUUUUUCGCCAAACUCCGUAGUGCCUCCUCCUUUUCGUACUCCCGAUCCUGCAUCGCCGCAGUCGCCAUAAUAUGCGAUGGUUUCACCUGAGAACCACAAUUUUACGUAUGUCGUCGGUUCGCCAACAGUGACAUUGUAUAUCUUUGUGUAAUUCCACGCUGUUUACGUUAACGCUGCCAAGAUGCCGGCCGUUGCUAUAUCAAUCACCAUAAUAUAUACGUAUAACUGAUUACAAUAUUAUACAAAAUAGUUAAUAUGAUACCGCGGCAUUUUAUAUAGAUAAUUUAGCAGCACCUCUGUAGUGAGCACAUACAAUAUUAUUAUUAUUAUUAUUUAAAGUAUUAUACUUAUUAUUGUCUAUACACUAUAUACACGAUUUUUAUUGUUUAAUAUAAACAUAUCUUGUUAUUUACAUUUUAUUUGACAACCUACAGUAGAAUAAUAAUUAAAAGUAAACAAUACAUUAUUUCAAAUUUUUAUUGGUGUUUGGAUGAAGUAUAAACUAGAUGUGAUAUCGUUUUUCGCCUACAAAUCCAAAUAUACGUCUUUUUCAGGGGGAACGGUAUUUGCGAUUAUUCUAAAAACGAUGUAGCGUGCUCAAGGCACCGUUUGCACUUCUUUUCAUAUCAAUAAAGUCACGAAAAUCUAAAAAUUUAAUACCUAACGCAUUGAUAACCGUUUUUUUGAAAAAAAGUCGUAUGCCAAUUUUCGAGGUGAAGGAUGUAUUUUUGAACUCCGAAACUUUACACGCGUCGUUAGUGGGAACGGUAUUCGCGAUUAUUCUAAAAACGUUGUAGCGUGCUCAAGACACCGUCUGCAUUUCUUUUCAUAUCAAUAAAGUCACGAAAAUCCAAAAAUUGUAUACCUAACGAUACUGAAAACUGUUUUUUUGAAAAAAAGUCGUAUGCCAGUUUUCGAGAUGAAGGAUGUAUUUUUGAACUCCGAAACUUUACACGCGUCAUUAGGGGAACAGUAUUCGCGAUUAUUCUAAAAUCGUUGUAACGUGCUCAAGACACCGUCUGCAUUUCUUUUCAUAUCAAUAAAAUCACGAAAAUCCAAUUUAGUGUAUUUGGCAUUUGCUAUUGCAUAAUAGCUCAGCUGAGAUUUCAGUUUAUCGGCCAAUUGGCAAUGGCCCAGUAAAUUUACGUUGUGACACCAGAAUGUGGUAGAUCAACUAUGCAAUAAACAAAUCAAUGUUAUAAAUGAAGACAAACUUCCAGAAAGUUGCAAAAUGUCACUUUUAGAUAAUGAACACUCUUCUGAAAAUAUAAACUGUGCUGAUAAAUUAAAUUUGACUAAUACUCAAGAAAAAAAUAAUUUUAAAACAUCUGCUAUGUUAACAAGUAUAGAUAAUAACAAAAUAACUAAUACAGUACAUGACUCAAAUCAAUUAAAUCAAGAAGAGUGUAAAUUUUUAAUAGAUAAAAUAAAUUCUAAUGAAUCUAAUUUGAAUAGUCAAGAUGAAAACUUAUUAUUAGAAUUGGUGAAAAGAAUGAACGAAAAUGUUAGUUCAGAAGUAUUAGAAAUAGAUACCCAACAAUUUAUGGAAUUAAAUUUAUGCAAAGCUGUCCAACAACUAAAUGAAAUUUCACCAUCAAUAAAUUUAGAUAGUACUAAGACACACACUAUUAAACAAAUAGAUUUAGAAAAUUCAACUGUAAUUCCAGUGCUACCUUUGAUUAAUGAAUUAAUAAAUUCGGAAACAAAAAACAAUAAUUCAAUUAUUGUUGAUGAUUCAAAGAAAUCAGAAAAGUUUAAUCAUCCAUCUUCUAAAACUGAUCCUGAAUUUCCUAUUCAAGAUCAAUAUGUUGAAUUUCCGGAUGAAGACCAAGAUGCAGAAAUAAUUGCAUUUCGAGCUAUGUGUGAGGCAAUGUUAAAAAUUGGAACGAUCGAUAACAAUAUAAAAGAUGAUAAUAAGAUAAUUGUGAGUUGUUUCAAUAGUAUGGAAUAUGAACCGAGUACAUCUAAAUUAAAUUCUAGUGCUUAUGAUAUUUCAAAACAUUUAAAACGAAAAAGACAUCAAAUCAAUAAUUUAAAGAUCUAUUCAUCGGAUGAUAGUUAUAGUUCACCUGAAUAUUCAAAUGAACUUUCACCAAAACGAUAUAAAUAUAAAAGCAAAAAAACAAAAAGUAUUUUUUUACAGAAUAAUUUAAAAAUUAAUUCUAAAUGUGACUCAGCUACAACUAUAAUUCAACCAGAAAAUGUAGAGAAAAUCAAAUUAUCUAAUUUAACAUAUGAAGAUAAAGAGCUUAAUUGUAUGAUAACUAAAAAUCUACUGCCAAAAGUUCAAAAUGAUUUGAAGUGCAAAAAAAUAAAUGAUGAUUCAUUGAAACAAAACAAUUUUUUAAAAGAAAAUCAGACAAUAUUUUAUUAUUCACCUGCUGGAAAAGUGCACAAUGAUAUGUUAAAUUUUAUUAAAAACAAAGAUUGUCAUUCAAUUCAAUGAUUUAUAUAUAUUAUCUAGAAAUUAUUACUUUAUAAGUUAAUUUUUAUUUAUUAAUAUAUUAUUGUUACAAAUUAUAUAAUUAUAAAGUUAAUAAGUAAUAAUAGAAAAAAAUAUUAACUGAAUAUAAAACAUAUUCACUUUUUUUUUUAAUUUACUGCAUUAAUUAUUAUAAUCUGAUUUUAACAUUGACGUGCUUCAGAUUACAAUCAUGAAUUCAUGAUUAUUAAAUGAUACCAUUCAAUUUUUAUAAGUUUGAUUUAAUAAUGAUAUACUUUUUUUGUACCUAA